UUCCACGAUCUCGCGAGACUUGGCCCAGAACAUUGCGGAUCGGGUCGGCGCCAUUUUGGGACUGAGACUGGUCGUGGGGGAGGGAAAAGCGGCAAAAGGGGAUUAUUCAAAGUACCGAAAACCUCCUCCCGGGAUCGAGCGCAGCGGCACCCCCAGGCCAGGGGCACCUCUGGUGUCGCAGAAGGUGAUUGAAUUACUCAGAUAUGAAGAUCAUCUUCUAGGUUUUGUGUAAAAGGCCCCGGAUAUUUCAAGUGGCCAUUUUGGAAUUACAAUGUUUCUGGAUAAUUUUGCCCCAGAAGUUUAUUAAAAUUGGCAAGAAUCAUCUCUGAAGUGAAUUGAUAGUAGUGAACAAUUCUACAAGCUUUAAAGAGACCCAGGCAUUUCUUCAGUAUUUUGGUUCAGACGGAUUAUAUAACUGGUUAAAGUAUUUCAGCUGGUGGUAUUUUUGCCUCCCCCCCACCCCCCAAUCCCUCCCCUGUUGUUGGUGUUCUUCAGCCAGAACUGUAAGAUAUGUUUGAUUUGUGUACUGAGUAGUUUCUCUGCAGUUUCAAAUUACUGUUUAAAUAUUGCUGAAGUUUCAUGGCAGUUUAUUUUUACCUUUAUUUAAAGUUGUAGGAAUUUUUGACCUCAACCCUUUUCAUGUCACAAUGGGACAGCUUUUCUAAAUGAAGACAUUGAACGAAUACAGAGUUUUUUUGCUUUUAUCUUUUAUUUACAUGGAAAUUUAAGAUGUUGCAGUUUCCCAGCAGCAUGGUAGUAUUGAGAUAGCUGUGUGUCUCUGUUUAUGCUGAUGUUUAGGAAUGCUCUUCAGAUGUGAAAUUUUCUUUUUGUUUUUGCUUUUUGGCUCGUAAAUUGGAUAUUUCAUCUGGAGUGGAUAAGUACAACAGUGACAAGUACAUGGAAUAAUAAAGAAGACUUUAAAAUCUUAAAUCCAAGGAACUUGGCUAAUUCUGGAGAUAGCCAUAUGAAAACUUUAAAACAGAAGUAUGGGUAGCUGACUGAAGUAACUCUAUGUCAAGUAGCCAUAGGUUAAGUAUCUUCAAAGAACUUGGAUUUUAUUUCAGAGGAUACAAAAUAAAAAAACAAACUGGAAAACAUAAAGAUUACAGAGAAAAACCCAACACCUUCCUGUGCAGUCCUGUUGGAAUUUGGACUUGCCAUGAGGUGUUGAAGCCUUGUUUCGCUGAGUUGGAGAGACUGGACCUAAAUGGCGCAGCAUGACUUUGCUCCAGCCUGGCUUAAUUUUCCUACCCCACCAUCAUCAACAAAGUCGUCACUGAAUUUUGAAAAGCAUUCUGAAAACUUUUCAUGGACAGAAAAUCGUUAUGAUGUGAAUCGUCGACGACACAACUCUUCAGAUGGCUUUGAUUCUGGAAUUGGACGUCCUAAUGGAGGUAACUUUGGAAGGAAAGAAAAAAAUGGAUGGCGUACACAUGGAAGAAAUGGUACUGAAAACAUAAAUCAUCGAGGGGGAUACCAUGGUGGAAGUUCCCGUUCUCGUAGCAGUAUUUUCCAUUCUGGAAAAAGCCAAGGCCUACAUGAAAACAGCAUACCUGACAGUGAAACGGGGAGGAAAGAAGACAAGAGAGAACGCAAACAAUUUGAGGCUGAGGAUUUUCCAUCUUUAAAUCCUGAGUAUGAGAGAGAACCAAAUCAGAAUAAAUCUUUAGCUGCAGGUGUAUGGGAAUAUCCCCCGAAUCCUAAAUCUAGAACUCAAAGGAUGCUGGUCAUUAAGAAAGGUAAUACAAAAGACUUACAGCUAUCUGGAUUCCCAGUAGUAGGAAAUCUUCAGUCACAGCCAGUUAAGAAUGGGACUGGUCCAAGUGUUUAUAAAGGCUUAGUCCCUAAGCCUGCCGCUCCACCUACAAAACCUACACAGUGGAAAAGCCAAACUAAAGAAAAUAAAGUUGGGACUUCUUUCCCUCAUGAGUCUACAUAUGGUGUCGGAAACUUUAAUACUUUUAAAUCAACUGCCAAGAAUUUUAGUCCAUCAACAACUUCAGUGAAAGAGUGUAAUCGCUCAAAUUCCUCUUCACCUGUUGACAAACUUAAUCAGCAGCCUCGUCUAACCAAACUGACACGUAUGCGCACUGAUAAGAAGAGUGAAUUUUUGAAAGCAUUGAAAAGGGACAGAGUAGAAGAGGAACAUGAAGAUGAAAGCCAUGCGGGCUCAGAAAAGGAUGACGACUCAUUUAAUUUGCAUAACAGCAACAGUACUCACCAAGAAAGGGAUAUAAACCGAAACUUUGAUGAAAAUGAAAUUCCACAAGAGAAUGGCAAUGCCUCGGUAAUUUCCCAACAGAUCAUUCGGUCUUCAACCUUCCCACAAACUGAUGUUCUUUCUAGUUCACUGGAAGCAGAACACAGAUUGUUAAAGGAGAUGGGCUGGCAAGAAGACAGUGAAAAUGAUGAAACAUGUGCUCCCUUAACUGAGGAUGAAAUGAGAGAAUUCCAGGUUAUUAGUGAACAGUUACAGAAGAACGGUCUGAGGAAAAAUGGUAUUUUGAAAAAUGGCCUGAUCUGUGACUUCAAGUUUGGACCCUGGAAAAACAGCACUUUCAAACCCACUAUUGAGAAUGAUGACACAGAGACAAGUAGCAGUGACACAUCAGAUGACGACGAUGUGUGAAGGAUUUCCUAACAGCUUUAGAAAUUUUAGUGUGAUACAUCUCUCAUACAGUUUGGGGUGAAUUGUAAAAAUGAAGAACUAUAAUUUAUGUAGUAAAAUACCCCAUUAGAAGAUGAUUUUUUUGGGGAACUUCAAUAUGAAGAAAACCAAGAAUGUUGUGUUGGGCUGUGUUGAACAUUAUUUCUUUGUUAAAUGAAUGUUGUAGAAAUGAGGACUUUGGUUGAUCCAACAUUGACUUUCUUCAUCACUGCAGCAUUUCUCUGACUAGCAAUGUGACGAUGUAACAAAUGAGAUUUUCUCAUUUAAUAAUAAAAAAAUUGUGUAAUGUUUUGCAAAGCUUCUGUCUUAAAAUGUCCAGGUCUUAAGAAAAAAGGCAGCUUACACUGUUUUGCUUGCAGAGUCAUAUCUUUUUCGUACAGUGGAAAUCCUCAAGUCCACUUUGUGCGGCUCCCCCCACCCUCACCCCUCCCCCCCUGCAAAAAAAGGACAAUGUAGCAUGUUGGCUAAAACUGGAGCAAAGUGCACUAAAACAUUAAUUUCCUGAACUCAACUAUUGUACUAGUCACCUUUUAAAACAUAAAUUGCUCUUUAGCCAUUUGUAGUUCAGUAAAUGUUACAGGAAAGACUUGCCACAUUUUCUUCCAAAUUUUAAGAGGUGAUUUUCAAGAGCUUUAUUUGGGUAUGUUGUCAGACCAGGAUUUUCAGAGUUGAUGGAAAAGAGUCUUGUGGGAAAACUUAUUUUGAUAAAUUAUUACACAUGCAGAAAAACUGAUCACACUGACUGGAUCUGUCCACAACAUGAAAAAUAAACUGGAUUUUCAGAA